AUGGAUUUUGGUGAAUACGACAAUAGAAAAAAUCGCAAAGUUGAAAGUGGUGUCCCAGAUGUUUGUAAAUCCGAGCCGUGUAUGAUGGGAAUUGAUGAAGCAGGAAGGGGACCUGUGCUUGGUCCCAUGGUUUAUGGCACUUGUUAUUGCCCUAUAGCUAAAAGUAGCCUCCUGAAAACAAUAGGUUUUGCAGAUUCAAAGACCUUGACAGAAGAACAAAGAGACAAUUUGUUUGUGAAGUUGGAUGCAGAGAAAGCAAACAUGGGAUGGCUUAUAAACAUAUUAUCUCCAAACUACAUUUCAAAUAGUAUGCUGAAAAGAAACAAGUACAACCUGAAUUCUCUGUCUCAUGAUACUGCAAUUGGAUUGAUAUCAAGAGUUUUAGAACUGGGCAUCAACUUAACAGAAGUUUACGUAGAUACAGUUGGUGACUUCAACAGCUAUCAAGCCAAACUUAAAUCAAUAUUUCCUAAUAUUGACAUUGUUGUUUCAAAAAAGGCUGACUCUAUAUAUCCCAUUGUCAGUGCUGCUAGCAUCUGUGCUAAGGUGGCAAGGGACAAAGCAAUAAAAAACUGGAAGUUCAUUGAAGGUGAUUUGUUCCAUCAGUUUGAUUAUGGCUCUGGUUACCCAGGAGAUCCCAAGACAAAACAGUUUCUGAGUGAAAACAUCGAUCCAAUCUUUGGUUUUCCACAAUUUGUGAGAUUUGGUUGGUCUACUGCCAGCAGCAUAUUGGAUACUAAAGCUCUACCAGUUAAAUGGUCAUCAAAGAAAGCCAUCGAAAAUUCAAUCAAAACGCCUGUGAUUUCAAAUUUUUUUGGCGUACAAAAACAGGAGACCGUUAAAGAGAAAAGUCAUAAAUUUUUUUCAGAACGUUGCCUGAAAAGUGUAAAAAACUUAUUUUAA